AUGAACUGCAGCGUUGAGGUAACAGUAGCACCCGGCUCACACUGGGGUUUACAGCCGGCCUCAGGCUUUCUGCAGCCUCUGUGGGAUCGGGUCACAUCCAAAGAACAGAUAAUUAGAUCUCCCUUGUAUCCAGUUAUUUUCUCAUUCACAGUCUAUAUGGCUUUCUGCAUUCCCUACCUGGCACUGGACCUUCUGUGUCACAAGUUACCUGCCUUGAAGAAGUACCAAGUGCAGCCAAAAUCCAGACCCUCACUGAGCAUGAUUUUGCACUGCCUGGCACACACUGUCUACAGUCACUUGGUGUUCAUCUUCCCAGUGACCAUCGCCUACUGGUACUGGAGACCAGUGCAAUUGCCACCCGUGGCACCAGAACUGCAUCGCUUUAUACUGGAUAUCAUUGCCAGCCUGCUGCUGUUUGACUUCCAGUACUUUGCCUGGCACUUGCUGCACCACAAGGUCCCCUGGCUGUACAAAAACUUUCAUAAGAUGCAUCACAAGUACACUGCCACCUUUGUGCUGGCGACACAAUACUCCAGCGCCUGGGAGAUGCUGUCACUGGGGUUCUUUGCUAAUGUCAGUCCAAUACUGCUGGGCUGCCACCCAAUGACUGAGAUGGCUAUCUUCAUCAUCCAUAUUUACCUGUCUGUGGAAGACCAUUGUGGCUAUGACUUUCCCUGGUCUACACACAGGUUAGUCCCAUUUGGCUUGUGCGGAGGACCAAGUCACCAUGAUCUUCAUCAUGAAAAGUUUGUGUCUAACUACGCACCGUACUUUACUCACUGGGACAAACUGUUUAAUACACUAGCAAGGCAGAAGGUGAAAGAGCCAAUUGCCUACUCUCAGUACUCCAAGACUGAAUGAAGAACCACUUAACAUACAUAAAUUGAAAGUGUGUGUGCACCUGAAAGCUGAAUGGUCAGUAAUUGUACAUGACCUGAAGCUUGGUCCUAAUCUGCUAUCAGAUCUCCAAGGUCUAAAGGGAAGAGACUGGACGCUGUGCCUGUGCUUCAGGGCCGAUGGUCAACUGUUACAUAAAUGGGAACAUGGUCUGAAUCUUCUCCCAGCACUUCAAGACAUAAUACAGUACAGUUACCUUUACAUGAACUUCACCUUCAUGCCUGAGCCGGGACCAAAAUCUAUACAAAAACUAUUUAUGAGUGACUCUGCCAGAAGAAAACGGAGUCUGCUAGUGUACUUUGAUAUUUAUUUAUUUAUUUAUUUGUUUAUUUAUAAUAUACUAACGUAAAUAUUUGUCUAUUGAGCAAUAAUGUGAAGUUUUUUUACCAAAAUCCAUUGUGUAUGACACAAUUUAAACAUUUCUAUAGUUAAGAUUUUAAAAUGAGUGAAUGAUGUUUAAGUUAAAAUUAGGAGAGCACAUGGUACAUUCUAAUUAUACAUUAUAUGUAUAAUGGUUACAGUAUAAUUUUACAGUAUAUCUUUAUACGUUUUACAGUAGGACCAAAAAUGUGAUAUUUAAAUGGUAUAGUGGCUGAUAAAUGACAGCAGUUUCCUGCAUUGUGUUGACUGACAGUAUUAUGACAGUAUUAUGAUUGUAUUAUUAAGGUAUUGUAAAUGGAUACAUAUAAUGUAGGGCACAGCAUGUGAUGAAAGCUCACGGAAAGUUGUUCUAUAAGGAUGUAAAGGUUGUAUGUGUAAAAAAGAUGAAUAGAAAUGGGUUUAGGCAUCAAGCUAUACUGUAUGUUUCACAAGGACUAAGAUGAAGUACAGUAUAUAGAAGGAUGAUUCCAAACUACAUUUAUCAAAUAAAUGAAUGUAUUAAAAUGAAGGUUUUGCACAGAACAUAGAAUGUUCUAACAUAUAUUUUUUAAACAAAAUAUUGUAAAUACUGAAUUUAUUUUUUG